UGAGACAAUUACGUGAAGUCGUGAACAGUGUGCGUUGAAAAAAAAUUGUUCCGCAACAGUAGCACUGUGAGCAAAACAAAGAGCAUUGCAACGAGGAAGAAGAUAUUGGGUUCCGGUGACGAAAGUGUGUUCGACAAACGUUCUCCGUUUUGGCUUAAAUUUGAGUUCCACAAGUAAAUUUGGUCAUCGCAUGAUUUAAGUAUACAUUUUCAACAACUUUAACCUCUCUGGUGUCUGGUCUUUCACAAUUCCUCCUAGAAACUGAAAAUGGCAGCAAAUCAGAACACAUGUAGUGAAACUGAUAGUAUGAAAGCAUUUUAUGCUUCCCUUGAAUCAUCAAAGACAACUCCCCUAUCACAUGGAUUCUAUGUGCCUACAGAAAAAACCAAGAAAGCAAUUAAUAUUCUCAAAGAAUUAUUAUCAAAAAAAUUCCCUCUUUUGUUGCAUCCAGGACGUUCUAUAGUGCUGAAAGAUACUCUCAAAUACCUCCUCAACUUGCCACAAAAUGAAGGAUUUUGUAUGACUACAAAAUCUGAAUUACAGAAACUGUUACAAUGUUUUGAGCAAUGGAGUGUGGAGUAUCACAAUGCUGAUGGUCUUUCAACAACUGCAAAAACAGAACUAUCAAAUGCAAGUGAAGUGAUGAAUGAUCUUGAAUCUAAUGUUAAAGAGUUCCAUGAAAUGGACAAGGAGGAAAUGUGUUUAUCCAAUAAAUUGGUUUGCUUGCAGGAAAGGAAGAGAAAGCUUGAAGAGCAAAUCGAAAUAAUAAAUAUUGAGAUUGCAAAAUCUACAAAAGAAAAAGACAAGGUUGGCAAGAGAAAGACAGAAUUGUAUCAGACAGGAAAAGAAUUGAAAUCCAAAAGAGAUGAUUUGAUGAUCAAUGUUCCAAGGUUGAAAGCUGAGCAAGUUUUAGCGAAUAAAACACGAGAUAAUAUUGAAGCAGAGUGGUUCAAGCUUCAAAAACAAUUCAUACCGCUUGUUGCUAGAGUUGCUAGUUCCUCCUUGCCACCACAGGCAUCACAUGCUUAGUCAUGCCACUUUUCACAUUGUUUGAAUUUUCUCAUUCACUCUUCACAUGCUUAGUCAUGCUUAGAUGUUUGCUCAUUUUCUGCAACAAUUUUUUUUUCUUCAGGGAUCCUGCAUUUUGCAUUUCUUGACAUUAGUCAUUGUUCAAUCUUA